CGGGCCGACUCUGGGGCGGCGCGCUCGGGAGCGAGUAGCCAGAGCGUCGGCGCCACCGCCGAGUGCACACCUCCGCCACCGAGCCGUGCCUAGCCGGGCUGGGACGUCGGGGCUGAGCGCGCCGGGCAGCCGUGGGCCGCAGCGGUAAGCGAGGCAGCCCCGCUGUCCGAUCCGCGCAGCGCGCGAGGCUGGUGAGGACGCGCUCCAGCUGCACCCCGACUCUCGGAGCAACCGGGCCUCGGCUGGGAACCGGAGCUGGGGUGACCGAGCCUCCGAGGUGCUCUAGGGCCAGGUGCCUGCUGGCCAUUGUCUAGGCUGGUGUCUACAAACCAGAGAAGUAUGAGGACACUGGAGGAUUCCUCAGGGACAGUUCUGCACCGCCUCAUUCAGGAGCAGUUACGCUAUGGCAACCUGACAGAGACUCGCACUCUGCUGGCCAUCCAACAGCAGGCUCUAAGGGGUGGGGCUGCAGCUGGGGGCACAGGGAGCCCCCAGGCCUCCCUGGAGAUUGGAGUACCUGAAGAUAGCCAGGUGCUGCAACAGGCUACCAGGCAGGAGCCCCAGGGCCAGGAGCACCAGGGUGGAGAGGCCCACCUGGCAGAGAACACGCUGUACCAGCUGUGCCCACAGCCCAGCAAGGGAGAGGAGCUACCCACCUAUGAGGAGGCCAAAGCCCACUCACAGUACUACGCAGCUCAGCAGGCAGGGCCCCGGCCCCAUGUUGGGGACCGGGAUCCUCGAGGGGCAUCAGGAAGCAACCGGCGACAGGAUGAAGCCCUGCGGGAGUUGAGACAUGGCCAUGUGCGGUCCCUGAGUGAACGACUUCUGCAGCUGUCCCUGGAGAGGAAUGGUGCUCGGGUCCCCAGCCACAUGAGCUCUUCCCACAGCUUUCCACAGCUGGCCCGCAGCCAGCAGGGGCCCCCACCCCGUGGCCCCCCUGCUGAAGGCCCAGAGUUGCGUGGGCCCCCACCUCAGUACCCACACGUUGUCCUGGCUCAUGAGACUACGGCUGUCACUGACCCAAGAUACCGAGCCCGAGGCAGUCCACAUUUCCAACAUGCAGAAGUCAGGAUCCUACAGGCCCAGGUACCACCUGUGUUCCUCCAGCAGCAGCAGUACCAGUACCUGCAGCAGCCCCAGGAGCACUCCCCACCCCUCCAUCCAGCUGCUCUGGGCCAUGGUCCCCUGGGCUCCUUUAGUCCAUCUGCGGUGGAGGGACCAACAAGUAUCCAGGCCUCCUCGGGCAGUACCCACCUGGCCCAGGUGGAGACUGUGCUAAGGGAGAAUGCUAGGCUGCAGAGGGACAAUGAGAGGCUGCAGCGGGAACUGGAGAGCUCCACCGAGAAGGCUAGCCGAAUUGAGAAGCUGGAGAAUGAAAUCCAGCGGCUCUCUGAGGCCCAUGAGAGCCUGAUGAGGACCUCUUCCAAGCGUGAAGCCUUGGAGAAGACCAUGCGGAACAAGGUGGACAGCGAGAUGAGGCGGCUGCAGGAUUUCAACCGUGAUCUUAGAGAAAGAUUGGAAUCUGCGAACCGCCACUUGGCAAGCAAGACACAGGAAGCCCAGGCGGGCAGUCAGGACAUGGUGGCCAAGUUGCUUGCUCAGAGCUACGAACAGCAGCAGGAGCAGGAGAGGCUGGAGCGAGAGAUGGCACUGCUACGCGGUGCCAUCGAGGACCAGCGGCGGCGUGCUGAGCUGCUGGAACAGGCACUGGGCAAUGCACAGGGCCGUGCAGCCCGGGCUGAAGAGGAAUUACGCAAGAAGCAGGCCUAUGUAGAGAAGGUGGAACGGCUGCAGCAGGCACUGGGACAGCUGCAGGCCGCCUGUGAGAAGCGGGAACAGCUGGAGCUGCGUCUGCGCACACGCCUGGAGCAAGAACUCAAAGCCCUGCGUGCACAGCAGAGGCAUGCCAGCACCACCAGUGGCAGCAGUGGCAGUGGUGGGUCCACCGAACUCAGUGCCCUGCGACUGUCAGAACAACUUCGGGAAAAAGAAGAACAGAUCUUGGCGCUGGAGGCUGACAUGACCAAAUGGGAGCAGAAGUAUUUGGAGGAGAGGGCCAUGAGACAGUUUGCCAUGGAUGCGGCUGCCACUGCAGCUGCCCAGCGUGACACCACUCUCAUCCGACACUCCCCCCAGCCCUCACCUAGCAGUAGUUUCAAUGAGGGCUUGCUGGCUGGUGGCCACAGGCAUCAGGAGAUGGAGAGCAGGUUGAAGGUGCUCCAUGCCCAGAUCCUGGAGAAGGAUGCGGUGAUCAAGGUCCUUCAGCAGCGCUCUAGGAAAGACUGUGGCAAGGCCACCCAGGGAGCCCUGCGACCCGCCAAGUCAGUGCCAUCCAUCUUUGCAGCCGCAGCAGGGACCCAGGGCUGGCAAGGACUAUCAACCUCAACCUGUGAACGGCAAGCUGAUACACCUGCCCGGCUGACAGAUCGGGCACCAGCAGAGGAGCCAGCAGCCACAACUCCUGUUCCAGCCCACACCAAACACGGGAGCAGAGAUGGGAGCACCCAGACCGAUGGCCCUCCGGACAAUGCCUCUGCCUGCCUGGCCCCAGAGCCCGAUAGCCUCCUGAGGUGCAGCAGUGGCCAGAGGACAACCUCUCUGGACUCUGUAGCUACACGGGUCCAGGAUCUGUCGGACAUGGUGGAGAUACUGAUCUAAAGGAAAGAGGUGGUGCCUUGGAGACCUUGAAACCUGGUCUUCCCUCUGCCAUUCAGCAGCUCCCUCCAAAUGCUGCUCCUCGCUUCCCCCUAGCUAUUGGGAGCUCAGAAAGAAGGACUGCAGGGGAGUUGAGAGAACCCGGCACCCCCGAAAGACUGCUUCUUGGCCCGUAUUCCUCCUGGGCCCAUGAGGAAGGAAGAGCCAGCCUUUCCCUGCCAUCCAGGGUCUGCGUUUGCUGCUGGGGCAGAAAGCUGAGCCCCCUCUGCCCGGACAGUUUGUACUCAGGCAUGGAGAGAGAAGGGUCUGGUUGGUUUGGGGAGCUGAUUCUGAUUCCCAAGGAUGGCUGGGCACCACCAUGGAAGCAGCUGAGCAGUCAGGCAGUCAUGGUGCUCUGUGGCUCUGUGGCAUGGCCCCAGCCAACCGCAUCUGCUCUUCAGUUCUUACUGCCUUCCUCAGAUCACUAAGAUGAAUCUUGGGACUGUUGAGGGCAUGAGUCUUGCAGAAGUGACAACCUCACCCCUUGCUUAGAGUGGGUUCGAGGCCAGCCAAGUGAACUGCAGAACAGUGUGUAUUGUAUAUAAUUCCCUUUCCUGGGGAACAGAAGAUUGAAGCGUGCUGGUUCUGGUUCUCCUUCCAGGGCCAUGUUCCCUGUCCUUGCUGCCGCAGUUUCCAAAUCGUGUGACUGACCUACCAGUUGUUCCUCAGCCUCCAGUUCUUGGCCAGUGGCUUUUGAUGCUGGUUGCCUUUUCUCCCUACCAUCUUAUACCCUAUAUUCAGUGCCCAUGAGACUCUUGUCACCAGCCUUCUGAAAUGGCUCCACAGCUCCUGUCCCUGGGACAUACUGUCAGUUUGGUUAUAAACUGAGCCAGAUGCAAUGAGCCACCAUCUAGCAGAACAUCUGCCAUGCCCAGCACCAGAUUCUCUGAGGAAACUGGACAAGUUGUUCUCAAAUGUGUUAGUUUCUACCUACAGGGACUGGGAAAGAGAGGGAGCUAUGCUGUUGAAAACUUAUCCGAGAGCUUCCAAGCCAACUCAAAAAGAUCUCUCAAAGGUGCCCCCAUCACAAAAUGGCACCCACGAGGCUGGCUCCUCAAAACUUGCGGUGCCCCAGUCCCCAAGCAAGGACAAGUACUGGGAAUCUGGGUGAUGCAUCCCACAUUGGCAACCUGCCAGCAGCAGUGACUUUUGACUUCUGGUCUUAAAGUCCCCACCCCUCCCCCCAGUUCAGCUUCUAGAAAGCAAUGAAUGGAUGUUAACGGUUUCGUCUUUACUGUCUUUCGCUCUCCUUGAAUCUUUGGGUAUUUUUGUUUAUGUUUUUUCCUUCACUGUUUUUAAAUUCUUUAUGUUGUUGUAUUCCCAUGGUUCUCUGAGUUUCCUUUUUAAACAUUUGCAUUUGCUGGACAAUUGCAUAUUUUUUUAAAUUCCCCUACCCCUGUUUAAAGCUGAAAAAUACAUUUGGCUCAUGUGCGUUGUUUACAAAGAUAAAAGGAAAAAAAAAAGAGGAAAAAGAAGGGCAAAAACAUUGUGGAAAAACAACUUAAUAUAUUUUGGAUUAAUAUUUGGUAUUUCUUUUAAAGUAUUUUUUGUGCUGUGAACAUUUUCUGCCAAAGACCAUGACGUGUGUGUCUGUGUGUUUAAGUUAUCGUGAAUAUUUAAAAGGUAAACAUGGCCGUUUUGUUACGCCACCCUGUACCAGGAUUGCUGCUGCAUUCCACUGGGUAUGACAGUAUUUUAAUAAAAAAAAUUUCUAAGGAAUAA